UGAUCGUUCGCACCUUAACCUACUCCGACUUCCAAGUUUAUGUUGUUUUGUUCGUUCAUUUUCAAUAUAAUAGUGAUAACUUUAAUUAAUAAUAAUAGUUAGGAAAUAGUGUAGUAGUUGUCAACGUUCCUUCUACUUCACAAAUGUAGACGUGCUGUGACUGCUUAAAACCAUGGAAAAAGGUCCUUUAGAUUCUAUUUCUCAGCAUGAAAAAGAAAGGAGGAGGAGAUUAUGGAUGAUGCAGCAGAAGAAGAUAAGAGAACAUGAACGACUAAAACAGAAGAAAAUUGAAGAGUAUGAAAGAAGAAGAGCAAAAGAGCUUGGAUUGCCUUACGAAGGAAAAUCAUUACAUGUAAGUCGUAGCAAAAGUAGAAGCAGAAGUAGGUCAGAAGAGUCUCAUCAGAGAAGUCACUCAAGAUCAACUCACAACAGUGUAUCCCAAGAUGUGUCAAAAAAAAUUAACUCUUCAUCAGGAAAUAAACCACUAUUCAAUGGUCCAUCGGAAGCUCUGAAACUAAGUGAAAGUGAUCUGCAUAAAAUCACUGUGAAAAUUCAUAGAAAAAUACCAGCUUCGUCAGUCGAAAAUACUGAAAUUAAUCGUGCAGUUGUUAACCCAGAGGAGAUAAAGUUAAAAAGAAGAGAGGGAGAAGGAGCGAAACCGAUAUUCGACCGCGAAGAAUUGAAACCAGCCGAAGUCGAAGUUGAAGAACGCCGCAUCGUCGAAGCUAGUGGUAGCAGAAGUCAAGAUAAGAAGCCACGUCAAAAGCGUCGUUCUGUAUCGUUGAGCCCUAAACGACAUCGUACCUCAAGUCCACACUCGCGUUCUGAGCGUCAUGGCUUACGAUAUCCUUCGCACCGGUCAAGACAUGAAGAACACUACAGGUAUCACUUAGAAGAUCGUUAUUAUAAAGACCAUAAAGAACAUAAAAGUGGCAGACAUAAUUCAUCUACACGAAAUGGAAGUCGAGAAGAAUCCCGAAGGUCUAGGUCGCUUGGCAGACGUUCUCAGUCAAGAGAUCGUGAUUACCGUAGGUCCGAGCGUGAUGACUAUUCACGUUCAAGACGGACUGAAAAAGUUCAUCGAGAGCUCCGAGCUAGAUCUAAAGAUAGAUCUUACGAUCGCCGAGACAGACGAGACUCUUCUGCAGAAAGACACCAUUCAACUACAGCUGCCUACAUAGAACCGAUAACGUAUCCUAUGUAUUUUGGGGGCUUCCCACCAAGGCCUGUAAUGAUACCACCUGCCUUGCCACCGAUCAGACUACCGGGCGCAGGAAGGGGCCGAAUGCCUCUAGCUCCUAUGCGUCCACCUUAUCCCCCACGAUUCGUACCUCCGGAUAUGUAUCGGAGCAUUCUACCUUCUGAUCCUCGGUACCCACGAAUGUUUUAAUUACCUUGAUCGUGUUCAUGCCAAGUCUUGAUUCACGAAAUAUAAUAAUUUGUAGUCUUUGAUAACUUUAAAAUAGUGCAUGUUGAGAAUUGUCUUAAUUAAGAGUAUGCAUAUUUAAGUCGGUUCAAUUUUAAUUCAGUCAAGUAAUUAUUCAUAUAAUUUUAAAUAUUUUUAUAUAUUUCGAGCUUUUUGUAUUGAAAUUUGGCGUGCUUGGAUUUUUAUUCAAAUAAAUAAUUACGAUUACUAUUUGAUUUUAUAUUCAAUCUUCAAUAGUAAUAUGUUUUAAUGUAUUUUUACUGUUAAAGUUUAGUUUUGGACUACAGAAUUUGUACUUGGUAUGAUACAAUGCAUGAGUAGCUCUUGAUUUAUGUAUGACGGGGACAGAUUUGAAUAUAUUGUCAAUUCUACGUUACUUUUAUACUG